AUGGAUUUCCUGCGUGCCGUAGGAGGAUGGCUUGUCUCCACACUCUUUUUACUCAAACAGGGAAUGAAAUGUAUCAAAAGGGAUACUUCGCCAGAUGAAGGAUACAACGCAAAAUAUAAUUGGGACAGACACCUUUGGUGCCGAGAUGUCGGCAGCAUUCUAGAGUAUAUGCUCGCAAUGGCUGGGUAUACGGAUGAAUCGCAAGAAUUCCAUUACCAAUUUUUUGCCCGUUACAUCGCGGAGUCAUUUGGCCAACACCCUACGACGACAGCUCUACCACUAGAAGAAAAGAAUAAGUCCUUCAUGACGGAUGAUCAUACUCCCAUCGAAUUGAGCUGGAAAUGGUCGGCAUCACAUAAACUGCCGACGGUACGAUACUCAAUUGAUCCGGUCCCUGCAGAGCUGGACACCUUUAAUACACGUGCGACAAAUGAGCUCGUGGAAAAGAUACUACCUUCCUCCAGCUUCGUUGAUCUUCGCUGGUAUGAUAAGCUUGUAGACAUGCUCACUACCCCUACUUCUGACACGGAUGGGGAAAAGCUUCUACAAUCUGAUAUCGCAUCAUCAUCAAAGCUGCCGCAUUCGCAGGAGUUCUUGGCGUUUGAUCUGGAGAAGAGGAUCAAAAACAACAGCAGAAAUAUCAUGCUAAAGGCAUACUUUCUCCCGCAAUGGAAAGCCCUUCUAAAUGCCGAAUCCACCUUCUCCCUCGUACAAUCCAGCAUCAAAACCCUAUCCGCAUCCCAACCCGAUACUCUACUAUACGAAUCAUGGAAUCUGGUAGCAGACUAUAUCCAAUCUUUCAACUCCGAUAAUGGACGACCACAAGUCGAAAUGACAGCACUCGAUUGCAUUGAUCCAUCCCAAUCACGCAUCAAGAUCUAUCUCCGCUCUUCCCGCACAAAAUUUAACGAUGUUCUUGAUAUGAUGACUCUUGGAGGCCGGAUAUCCACUCAUAUCCAAGGCGAACUGUUGGAAUCACUGAAAUCAAUAUGGUGCUCUGUUCUGAGUCUAGAGGAAAAGGAGUUGGAUACAGAUCUCCCGGUAAACAACCAUCGAACAGCAGGGAUCUUGUAUUUGGCGGAACUGAGGCCUGGGCGUCCCGUUCCCAAAAUCAAGGUUUAUAUUCCAGCCAAACAUUAUGGAAAGAAUGAUCUGUGUGUGGCGCAGGGGAUAUCAAGGUACCUUACUAGCAGGGCGCAUGCUUUUGCUGAUGGGAAUGACUAUUUGACUGGGGUGAAGCGGCUUUGCCAUCAUCGCAACCUCGAGGAUGGUUUAGGUUUUCAUACAUAUGUAUCCGUUGCAGUCGAUAAAAGCGGGUUGGAUGUCACUACAUACUUCAAUCCGGAAAUCUAUCACGAGUCGCGAAGAUUACCUACCGAGUGA